AUGAUUUCCUCGGCGAUCUUCGGGGCAGCUGCCGGCACGGGGUUGGCCCUGGUCGUCGCGAUGACGAUAGUGGUUUAUCGAUAUUACGCGGUGAAACGCAAGGGAAAGUACUGGAGCAACCUGGAUCGUUGGCCUGAUCCACCCACCACGAGGAAACCGGAUCCACGUCCCGAGGAUCGUCUUCGGCAUUACGAAGACACCGCGUCCUCGCACGUGCUCAAUUGUUGGCGUAAACAACAAAAGAACUACUAUACCGUGCAGACUGGGGAAUUCAACGUCGCCAAGGAAAAGCACGCUGUGCAGCCAUGCUCCUCCGUGGUGGUUGAAUCAACGAGCCUGCCACACCAGAGUCGCAGUUAUCCGGGUGGUGGCAGUCGUUUGUUGACCAGAAAUUCAUCCGUGAGCUCUCAGAGCUCUUUAGAGGGUCCUUCCAGCCACCGUGGAUCCACGUCGCAGGUUCGAUCCUUUGGACCUGAUGGCCGCCAUCAUCAUCACCAUCAUCACCGUGACGCUCUCCACGCUGCGUCAUCCUAUCCACCCAGCAGGAGCUCAAGAUCACCGUCACCUGGCCGUGCAGCGUCGCUGGAUGCACGGUGUGGGAGCCCAGCCAGUUGUUCCGGAAGCCUUAUCAGCAGCAAUGCAUCACGCUCUCAGACUUCUCUGUCGUCUCUUGCAACAGGUGUAAGCUCCUCUUGCGGCGGAUCCUCGAUAAGCGUCGCACACGGAGCCUCGAGAUCAAUUGGCCGAAGUCUGUCGCCCCUUCUCAUCCCGCCAUUGCGCACUUCCGGCAGCGAUGGCGGACCACCUCCUCCAGCAUCGCCUUUAGGCUCUAUACAGCCUGAUCUCUAUCAACGAAGAGACGGUCCAAUUUUCCUGAAGACUCACGGGCACGGGAAGAGUUUGGGUAGAUUGCACCUGCGUUUCAAGUACGACUUCGAUCGAUCGGAUCUACACGUUCACCUGAUCGAGGCCCACGAUCUAGCUGGCAGCGAGCAAGGUGGAUUCAACGACCCUUACGUGAAACUAACCCUAACGCCCGAGGUGGACUCGAGGAAACGCCAAACUCAGAUAUAUCGCAACGAGGCGAACCCCUUCUUCAAUCAACAAUUCAAAUUUCCCGUCAGCAACGACGAACUCUACGACAAGACCCUCAUUCUGCAGGUGCUGGAUUACGAUCGAUUUUCUAGGAACGACGUGGUGGGAUCGGUGAAAGUACCGCUACAUAUCUUGAGAUUAGACUCCCCUACCUCUUCAGAAGAAGUUUGGGGUGAGAUCGAACGCGAACGAAAACCUCGAGAGCAGAUUCAAGAAGUUCACUUGUCGCUUUCCUACCUGCCAAGCGCCGAGCGAUUGAAAGUCGUCAUUUUGGAGGCGAGGAAUCUGUUUCCCCCGCAGGAAAAGGAGACCCUAGACUCCUUCGUGAAGGUGAACCUUCUUUGCGGGGAGAAACGUAUGAAAAAGAAGACUACGGUGAAGAAAGCGACCACCAGUCCUGUUUGGAACGAGCCAAUGUCCUUCGACAUCCCCGCAAGCUCUCUCGCGUCGUCCGCCAUCGAGGUACGCGUAAUGGACUCCAGUAACGAAUUCAUCGGAGGGAGCGUAAUCGUUGGAUCUUGCAUUAUCGGCCCUGCCACAGGAGCUGUACCAGGGGCGGAGUACAACGGUAGCCAGGGAAGGGAGCACUGGCUCCACAUGACCCAAUCGCCGAGGGACACCAUCGCCAUGUGGCACACUUUGCACUAGAUUAUCGAUCGAGAGUACCCUUUCUCCCGUUUACUCCCCCCUCCCGAUGGCGGAGUCAGGCACACAAUCAGAUUCUAGGGUAAAUUAAUCGGUAAACGGUAUAUGUAAACAAAGUAGCCAUGUUGUAUAUGUGAAACCGCUUCUAUGGAUGUACUGUCGAGACCGCUAAACGAAAACGAAAACCACCAUCGUGUUUUGUUGCCCCCACACUAUCAAUA